UUGUCGUGUUAAAAUGUGGGUUUUACUUCAGCCUUGGAAGUCCUGACCUGCACCCCGAAGGCGCAUUCCCCUCUGCAUGACGCGCUGCGUGCCGCUGAUCUCGUUUUCGGACUCGCGGAACUGAACAUCGCAAGCGGCAGCGACUGGAUUCAGAAGGUCAAACAAACCAAAGUGGGAGGACACCUAGCAAACUGAUGCUGAAAUAUGAGAGAAGGAAAGCGGGGCGGGUGGAGAAGGCACAUGGUGGUGGGAGCGGACUGGUGUAGCUGCUCUGUGCGGAGUCUGAGGAAAACAAGAUUUGUUUAGGAGGGAUGAUAACAACUCCGGUCCCGGAUGAAACUGGGCGCCUAUCUGUCCUGCCAGCAUACAUAGAUCGGUAGACGGGUCUAGAACCAGAUCGUUAUACUUCCAUCGGACUUUGGAGUAAUCUCAUUCAUAGGAGGCGCGCUCGCUGACUGAAGCCAGCAUGUUGUGGCUGUUUUGGACAAACUUUGGUUUUGUUUGGACCUUGAUCUUCUGCCAUGCCAGCAGAAGUUGUGCGCAAGACAAACAAGGUUACCUGGUCACUGCACCCUCUGUGUUUCGCGCCGGGCUCGUGGAGAGUGUGAGCAUCACCAUCUUUAACACAAAAGCUGAGACCCGGGCCCACGCGCAGCUGUCAGUGAAGGGGCAGGCGGUGGCUCACGGCCACAGCUCGGUGUUCGAUAAAGGCACCAUCAAACUGAAGGUUCCCUCUGGGCUGAGAGGUCAGGCCUUGCUGAAGGUCUGGGGAAACCGUCACCUCACAGAGGGAGGCUACAUUUUCCACAACUUCACCACCAUCACUGUGGAGAGCAAGGGCACAGCCGCCUUCAUCCAGACCGACAAGCCCAUCUACAAACCCAAACAUAAAGUGCUCAUCAAUGUUUACACUGUCACACCUGACAUGAGACCAGUUAAUGCAAAGAUUGAUGCAUAUAUUUUGGAUCCAAGAGGAUCACGGAUGAUUCAAUGGAAAGAUGUUAAACCCGUUUGCUGUGGGAUUGUGAACAUGAGUUUCCCGCUGUCUGACCAGCCCGUGUUUGGAGAGUGGUUUAUCUUUGUGGAAGUGCAGGGCCACACCUACAAUAAGUCGUUUGAAGUGCAGAAGUAUGUGAUGCCCAAGUUUGAGUUGGUGAUUGAUCCACCACGUUACAUCCGUGAUCUCAGCUCAUGUGAACAGGCCACUGUCACAGCCAGGUAUACUUUUGGUAAACCAGUCACUGGGAAGUUGACAGUGAACAUGACUGUUAAUGGAGUCGGCUACUACAGACAUGAGAUGGGACAUCCUGUUAUUAAAAUCAUGGAGAUCAAAGGCUCUGCAAAUUUCAGUUUGUGUGUCAAAGACAUGAUGCCGUUGGAUGUGGCUGAUCACUUCAGGGGCAGCGUUAGCAUUUGGGCAUCAGUGACGAGCAUCGAUGGAAGCAGGCAAACCUCAUUUGAUGAUUCAACUCCGGUUCACAAACAGCUCAUUGACAUCAAAUACUCUAAAGAUACUCGUAAACAGUUUAAGCCUGGCCUGCCUUACAAUGGGAAGAUUGAGGUUACCUAUCCUGAUGGGAGCCCAGCUGAUGGAGUGAUGGUGCGCAUUAAAGCAGAGCUGACUCCAAGGGACAACGUCUACAUCAGUGAGCUGAUCUCAAAGGAUGGCCAAGCAGCCUUUGAGAUCCCCUCCAUCCCAACUGUUGCUCAGUAUGUCUGGCUUGAGACCAAGGUGACAUCUAUUGACAACAAGACAGUGGGAGACCAGUACUUGCCUAACUACCUGUUCAUUAGUAGUUGGUACUCUCCAAGUAGGUGUCACAUCCAGAUCCAGAGUCCCAGCGCCCCUCUUAGAGUUGGCCAAGAGGCUGAAGUGGCCCUCAAAUCAACUUGUCCCUGUAAUGUCACUUUGCACUUUGAGGUGACAUCCAGGGGAAACAUCGUUCUAUCGGGCAAACAGUCAGCCAACCUGACAACCUCACAUCGAGGAAAACGAGCUACAGUGAUCUUUGAUAAGAACGUUGCCACCCACCUCCCUCCUUCUACCUCUGACAGCUCUUCCUCUCAGGCUGAGAUGGACACCUGUGUUUCCUUCCUGCGUUUUCCUGUUAGUCACAGCAUGGCACCCCUCAGCCGCAUGCUUGUCUACUACGUGAGAGAAAAUGGUGAAGGUGUAACAGACAGUCUGCAAAUCUCUGUCCAGCCAGAGUUUGAGAACCAGAUUUCUGUGUCUUUGUCCACUAAUGAGACCAUGCCUGGAGACCCGGUGAUCCUCCGUGUUCGGGGUGAGAGGGGCUCGUGUGUUUGUGUGGCUUCUGUGGAUAAAAGUCUUUACUUGUUAAAGCGGGACUUUCAGCUAAGUCCAGACAAGGUGUUUAAAGAACUUGCCGAAUUUGACGUCUCGGAUUCUUUCGGCAUUCCAAAGGAGGACGGGCAUGUGUGGUGGCCCGGGCUGUCAUCCAAGAGACGCAGGCGGUCGUCUGUGUUCCCUUGGCACUGGGACAUCACUAAGGAUGCACGCUUUGCUUUCACAGAAACAGGGCUGGUGGUGAUGACAGACAUGGUGAGUUUAAACCACCGGCAGAGCGGAGGCAUGUACACAGAUGAGGUUGUUCAGCCGCAUACUUCCACCCUGGUGGCUGCAACACACUCCCGCUCCACCACCAGAUCUGAGAAGCAGAGGCGUACGUUUUUCCCAGAGACGUGGGUGUGGCACUGCCUCAACAUCAGCUCUGAAACUGGGGAGGCUGAGCUGCAGCUGGAUGUACCAGAUUCAAUCACCUCAUGGGUCACAGAGGCCAUCAGUCUGUCUGAGGAGACAGGACUGGGUUUAGCGGAGAGGACAGAGCUACGAACCUUUAAGCCCUUCUUCGUUGACUUCACACUGCCCUACAGCUUAGUCAGAGGGGAGCAGACCAAAGUUCCCCUCACUGUCUACAACUACCUGCCUACUUGUUCUGAGGUUAAUGUUAAAGUGUCAGUUCCAAAGGGUGUCAAGUUUAUUGGACAUCCUGGAAAACACCAUCUUACCCGAAAGAAGUGUGUUGCUCCUGGAGAGGCUUCGCCUACAUCCAUUGUGUUGUCUUUCACUGAUCUGGGAUCAGUCAACAUCACAGCUCGAGCCACUGCCUAUAGUGCACCCAGCUGCUGUUCAGAUGGACUCCUGACAGGAAAGACAGGAAAUUAUGUGGACGAAAGAAGGAUUGCGACUGGCCAGGACUAUAUCCGCAGAACUGUCUUGGUUGAGCCGGAGGGUCUGCCCAGAGAGUACACAUACAGUGUUUUCUUCUGUCCAAAUGAGCGGAUCCACAUUUCCACUCCAAACAAGUAUGAGUACCAGUACGUUAAGAAACCAGCCAAGAUGGACCAAUUUGAGGUGGCUGUGAAGACGCACAACGAUGCCCAUUUUACCCUUUCUGCUAGUCCCCAUGACAGCGCAGAGAUGCUAGAAAUCGUACUAGGUGGUAGGCAGAAUACUCGCUCCUGGAUUUCUUUGGGCAAAAUGGGUGAUCCUCUGGUCAGUGUCUCCACACCCAGUAUCCUGUCCUGGGAUGAGUUCCGCAGUUUCUGGAUCAGCUGGAAAGGAGGAGUGGUACAGGUAGGCCAUGGUAAACAUCCAAACAACGAAUCACUCAUCCUACAAUGGGCAGGCCAGUUCCACGGACAGGUGCAACACAUUGGCUUUUCAACAGGGUGGGGCUCCGUGGGAGAGUUUAAGAUCUGGAGGAAGGAAGAAUCUGAUGACGACCACAAUGAGGCCUUCACGCUGGGAGUGCCACAAAACAUGGUGCCUGGAUCAGAAAAGGCCACCACAUAUAUGAUUGGUGAUGUGAUGGGACCGACUCUGAAUAACCUGGAUAAACUCCUGAGGCUGCCUUUUGGGUGCGGGGAGCAAAACAUGAUUCACUUUGCCCCUAAUGUCUUUGUUCUGAAGUAUUUGCAGAAAACCAUGCAGCUGAGCUCUGAGGUUGAAAAUGAAGCAACCGACUAUCUGCUUCAAGGCUAUCAGAGGCAACUGACCUACAAGAGACAGGAUGGAUCCUAUAGCGCUUUUGGGGAACGGGAUUCCUCUGGCAGUAUGUGGUUGACAGCGUUUGUACUGAAGUCCUUUGCUCAGUCUCGGGCUUUCAUCUUCAUCGACCCUGAAGAACUUUGUGCAGCCAAGUCUUGGCUUAUCAGACAUCAGAGAGACGAUGGUUCCUUCCCUGCGAUGGGACGUAUCCUCAACAAAGACCUGCAGGGUGGGAUCCAUGGAAAGAUUUCUCUAACAGCUUACGUGGUAGCAGCGCUGUUGGAGACGGGAAUGACCACAGAGGAAGAGAAGGUGGCAGUGACCAAAGCUAAGGGCUUCUUGGAAAGCAACACUUACUCUGCAGAUGAUCCUUACACCACAGCUCUGUCUGCUUAUGCCCUGUCUCUGCUUCGUAGCCCGUACGCCCCACUGGCUCUGCGUCGCCUCAACCACUUGGCCAUCACUAAAGACGGACUGACCCACUGGAGUCUGACUGGCAGCAUGGUGACUGAUGAAGACACCUUCAUGGGAUUUAGUGAUGGCCUUUCUCAGUCAGUGGUGUCAGCGGAGGUGGAGAUGACAGCCUACGGUCUUCUGACCUACACCGUGCUGGGUGAUGUUGCUUCUGCACUUCCUGUGGUCAAAUGGCUCUCCCAGCAAAGGAACGCUCUAGGUGGUUUUUCUUCCACACAGGACACAUGUGUUGCUCUGCAUGCCCUGUCAGAGUACGCCAUCCUGUCUUACAUAGGGGGGGUGAACCUCACCAUCUCUCUGGCUUCUACCAACCUGGACUUCCAGGAGACCUUUGAACUAAACAAGGAAAACAAAAAACUCCUUCAGAGCGCCAAGAUACCCAGUAUCCCCACUGGCCUGUUUGUCAGCGCUAAAGGAGAAGGUUGCUGUCUCAUGCAGAUUGAUGUGUCCUAUAACGUCCCUGACCCAGUGGCAAAGCCAGCUUUUCAGCUCAGGGUUGAACUGAAGGAGCCUCUUCAGGAGCGACACCCGCAGCCUUCUUCAUCCUCAACCAAGCAUUCUGCGUCACGCUCCCGGAGCCGAGCCGAUAACCGGUCUGAGCUUAACAGGAAGCGGCGUGCACCCAUCGACGAUGACGACCCAGUGGCCCACCAGGAUAAGAUGAACUUCCACAUCUCCUUAGAAGUCUGCGCCAGGUGGCUCCAUUCAGGCUCUUCCAACAUGGCAGUCAUAGAAGUUCCCAUGAUUUCUGGUUUCCGAGCGGACGUCGAAAGUCUGGAGAGACUACUGAUGGACAAGAGAGUAGGUCUGAAGAGAUACGAGUUGAAUGGAAGGAAAGUCUUGUUCUACUUUGAUGAGAUUCCCAGUCAAUGUAUGACAUGUGUGGCCUUUACAGCUAUCAGGGAAUACAUUGUGGGCAAGACGGCGCCUGUUCCGGUCAAGGUCUAUGACUACUAUGAACCAGCUUUCGAGGCCACAAGGUUCUAUAAUGUGAGUGAGAGCAGUCCUCUUGCACGGGAGCUGUGUGACGGACCUACAUGCAACGAGGUGGAGAGUUCAACCAACCAGUGGAUCGGCUUUGUGCAGGCAAACCAGUGCAACAAUGUGUUUGGGUGUCUGGAGGAGGAGCAGUUUGAGCGUUGCACGUGCUACAGGGACUGCGGCUAUGAUGGAGAGCCUGUUUGUGGAUCAGAUGGGCAGCUUUACCAGAACCAGUGUCAGAUGGAGGUGUUUGCCUGUCGAAACGGGACUCGUAUAAAGCAGGUUUCGCUCUCCCAGUGUCCACAUGUGGAGAUCACCAAAGACAAGCAGCCAGUAGUGAAUCAGGAAACAGAGCAACCCUCAGUACCCGCACAAACAGGUGAGGAGGAGCAGGGCUCCAUGGCGGAGGUGUCCUACUACUCUUACGAUUACGACUCAGACUCAGAGCCUGGCCUUGGUGAUGGAGGAGACCGGUUUGACGUACCUGAUGUUGGGGCUGGUGUAGAGAAAAAGUUCCUCCAACCAGCAGAUACCCAUCCACCUGUGAUGGACACAAAAUCCACCCCUGAGCGAUGAUUUGCUCAGAGAGAAGCCAUAUUGACCUCUAAAUUGUAUCAUAGUUGUGAAUAUGUUUUCCAGUGGAAGAGAACAGGCUUGCUUCUGUAAGAAUCUGGAGGCUGAGAGUGAACGUUUUUAUUAGGUGAAUGGAGUCAGAGUGGAUGUCUUUGUCACGUAUGUCUGUUUUUGUGUGGCUGGAUGAGAGAUUAUUAUUAUUAUUAUUAUUAUUAUUAUUAUUAUUAUUAUUAAAGCUAAAAACCCUCCAGACAUGUCUUCAUGUAGUCCUCAGUAAGUACCAUAACGUCCUUGUUAUUAAGUGUGCUUUGUUUAUUACACCAGAAGGAAUAAUCAAGUAUUUAUGUCUGUAAUUACACCUGUUGUUGUGAAACAUGUUUGUUAUAUUUUCUGUCUGUGGUAUUUAUUUGUAGCUAGAAGUCAUAUCAUUUUAAUUGUUUAAAGUCUGACCUUCCACCCCCUCAUGUGCUAGCCAAGGGAAGCUUUAACCCAAUACCUGAAAAUGAAAUAAACCUGCCGGUGUCAUGCUGGAGAAAUUUACCAUAUGCUUUUAUAGAAACAUAAGCUAAGUUUUUUGAAAGAUUUUUUGUACGUUUAACUUGUCAAACAGCAGAUACGUAAGUUUGGAGGAGAACGAUCAAGCAGGAAAGAGUUCUGAUAGUCUCAAACAAAUAAAACUUUACUGGAUUCCUUACUGGAAAUGUGCUUUUUCAGCACGGACGCUCCAGCUGUCUCUGACACCUCUCAGCCAUCACCAGCAUCCUCUGCUCACCGUUUACUCACAAGGAGACUUCUUUGUACAGAUCAUAAGCUAUUUUGUUUCUUUUUGGUUUUUAAAGCAAUCAAGCAUUUCUGUAAAUGUACCAAAUUUGAUUAAAUGUAAACUUGACAUAUAUCAAAGAUUGUAAUUUUUAAAACAAAUGAGAAUAAAAUUUGUACACGAU